GCCUAUUUAUCUCGAUUUAUCGAGGAAAUCGGCAUAAGGCCAUGGAGGAGGAGAACAAUACCGCCGCCUCCGCCGUUGUCGUUAGCAAUAGACCAAGCAUCCCGCCGGAGAAACGUAAUCGUUCCAUCUUCGACGUCCCGGCCGACUUCUUCGAUUCCUGCAAACUCCUUCGUUCUCCACACUCAUACACCUCAUCAACCAGCGGCAGCAACAGGGACAACUCAAGGGCUGAAAACACAGUCGAUUCGGAGCAGAACACUAGGGAUUUCAAAGAAAGUUCCAUCGCCCACCGAUGGACCUGCAACACAUGCAAGGCGGAGUUCGAGUCUCUGGUUGACCAGCGUUCGCACUUCAAGUCCGACCUUCACCGGUUCAAUGUGAAACUAAGCAUUGCUGGAAAGAAUAUUGUGAAGGAGGAUGAUUUUGAUGAGCUGACAUCUGAUUCUUUCAGAGACUUUGAUGUGUCGAGUAUUUCUGGUUCAGAGGACGAAACAGAGAAGGAGAUCAGUUCUCUGAAUGAAGGGUCUAAGGGAACAAGUGAUAAUGUGAACAAGAAGAGGUUGUUUGUUCAUCUCCAAACAGGUGAAAGAGCUUCGGUUUGGAAGUGCUUGCUCAUAGAUGAGUCAGAUAAUAUUUCAUACGAAGACGAUAGAACACCGAUCAGUGGUAAUGGCUUUCAUGCACGGUACCUUAGAGAGAAUGAAAUCAUAGCAAGAUUAAAAUAUUUAAAUCAUGAGCCAAGAGAUGGCUCUCAUUUGCGGAUGGUGUUACUUGCAAGUGGUGGGCACUUUGCGGGUUGUGUAUUCGAUGGGAACUCAGUUGUAGCUCAUAAAACCUUUCACAGAUAUGUGGUGAGAGCCAAGUCUGGAAAGAAGCAGUCAUCGAAAGAUGCAAGUGGCAAAUCAAUCAGUUCCGCUGGGGCUUCACUUCGUCGUCAUAAUGAACUGGCAUUGAAGAAGGAAAUUCAAGAUCUCCUUGCUGCUUGGAAGUCCUACUUUAAUGCUUCAUCUUGCGUUUAUAUUUAUGCUCCUUCAAAUAAUCGGCAAUUGCUUUUUAAUGGAGAUAAGCCGUACUUUAGUGAUCAGCACUCUGCUGUUCGGAAUAUUCCUUUGACUGUUCGAAGGCCUACAUUAAAAGAAGCUCGGCGUGUUUAUGAACAAUUGGUGCAAGUAGUGUAUGAAGUAGAUGAGAAGGAAAUAUUGUCCACCAGUGAGCACGAUUCACUGUUAACUGCAGUUACAACAGACAAUGGCACCCGAGAUAUAAGUGGACAGAAAGUUAUUGGAGAUUUGGAAAAGGAUGCUCGUACAUAUCUUGAAGAAUCUGUUGAACACCCCAAAACUAGCGAGAGUGAAAGUGAAGUUAUUUGUAGAACUACACCUUUGCAUGAAGCAUCACAGUCGGGAAAUGCAGAUAAGGUUUUGGAACUCCUUGAACAGGGAUCUGAUCCUUGCAUCAAAGAUGAAAGAGGACGUACUCCUUACAUGCUAGCAAGUGAGAAGGAAGUCCGGAAUAACUUUAGAAGGUUCAUGGCUUCAAACCUUGAUAAGUGGGAUUGGAAUGCUGCUAAGGUGCCCAGUGCACUAACCAAGGAAAUGGAGGAAUCUCAAGCAGCUAAGCAGGCUGAAAAAGAUGCCAAGCGAAAGGCAAGAGCAAAGGAGUUGAAAAAAUUGAAGAAAGAAAAGGCCAAGAAAGCACAGGUCCAGGAAGCUGAAUCUCAAAAGGCUGUGAAGACGGAACAGACUAGAGGAAUCGGCUCUAUUAUGAAUCCUCCGGCUGAAUCAACCAGUGGGAAACUGAUUACCAAAGAGAUGGCACAAGCUGCUGAACGGGAAAAGAGAGCAGCAGCUGCUGAGAGAAGAAUGGCAGCCAUGGCCGCAGCUGCAGCCACCAACAAUUCCUCGUCAACUACUCCUAACAGCUUGCAGUCUAAAAGCGGGUUGGCAGGGGAUGCCAGCUGCUCCUGCUGCGGUACUUCGCUGGUCGGUAAAGUUCCUUUCCACCGGUAUAACUACAAAUAUUGCAGCUCGACAUGCAUGCAUGUACACAAAGAGGUCCUUGAUGAGAACUAGCAUUUGGACUUUGAGGUUGAUGCUUCUUUUUUCCUCCACGGUAGUUUCAGCUUUAUUUGAAGUUUCAAUGAUACCUGCUCUCCUUUUGGGAUUCUUGUAUUUAUCUCAUUCUUCAUGAUAAGAUUAAGGCUUCAAGGUAGAUUCAUGUACCAUUAGCACAAUAAACAGAAAAUUUAAGAUCCCGUUUGGUAACAA